CCUCAUCACCAGCGAGCAGCCGAGGGAACAGAUUUGGAGUUGGGCCACUCCUGGUUCAUGCUUCUUACGAGAACUGUAUUAACUGUAUUAAGAGAGCAUGUUUGUGUGUGUAGGUGCACUCCUCACAGCUCUUCAUCUCAGACUCCUGUAAAACAGGUGAGAAGAGACACCCAUGCUGGAGGAGGAUGGGGCAGAAACCCUGAUGUUCUGCUGGAGAUUCAACUCUCUAAGGCACAAUGAAGAUCCUGAUUCUGGUGGCGCUCUUUGGGUUGGGUUUGGCCCAGCACAACCCAAACAUGAAAAAUGGUAGGACUUCCAUAGUUCAUCUGUUUGAGUGGCGUUGGGCAGAUAUAGCUCAAGAAUGUGAACGAUACCUGGCACCAAAUGGCUACGGAGGAGUUCAGAUCUCUCCUGCAAGUGAGCAUGUCAAACUGUCCAAUCCUUGGCAUCCUUGGUGGCAGAGGUAUCAGCCGAUUGGCUACAACUUGUGCUCCAGAUCAGGAACAGAGGAAGAGCUGAAGGACAUGAUCGCACGCUGUAACAAUGUUGGGGUGAACAUUUAUGUGGAUGUUGUCAUCAAUCACAUGUGUAAAUCAAUUCACGGAGAGGGCACUCCUUCCAGCUGUGGCUCAAAGUUCAAUGGCAACAAGGAGGACUUCCCCUCUGUUCCCUACUCUUAUUUGGACUUCAAUGAUGCCAAAUGUAAAACUGGAAGUGGGCACAUUGAAAACUACCUUGACAUUUACCAGGUCAGGGACUGUCGCUUGGAAGAUCUCUUGGAUUUGGCCCUGGAGAAGGACUAUGUUAGAGGAAAACUGGCUGAAUAUCUGAACAAACUGAUUGACCUGGGUGUGGCUGGAUUCAGGGUCGAUGCUUGUAAGCACAUGUGGCCUGGUGACCUUACUAAUGUCUACGGCAGACUUAAGACCCUCAAUACGAAAUGGUUUCCAUCUGGCACCAAGCCCUUCAUUUAUCAAGAGGUUAUUGACCUGGGUGGGGAGCCCAUUAAAGCCAGUGAGUAUUAUGGGCUUGCGAGAGUGACAGAAUUCAAGCACAGUGCGAAACUGGGUACAGUGGUUCGUAAAUGGGAUGGAGAGAAGCUAAGCUAUCUCAAGAACUGGGGAGAGGGCUGGGGUUUCAUGCCUUCUGAUAGAGGCUUGGUGUUUGUGGACAAUCAUGAUAAUCAGAGAGGACACGGCGCUGGUGGUGCUUCUGUUCUGACGUUCUGGGACUCAAGGCUUUAUAAGAUCGCCACGGGGCUCAUGUUGGCUCAUCCAUACGGUGUGACCAGAGUCAUGUCUAGCUACCGCUGGGAUCGUAAAAUUGUGAAUGGAAAGGAUGAGAAUGACUGGAUGGGCCCUCCCAGCUUUUCUGAUGGAUCCACUAAGCCAGUCCCCAUCAACCCAGACUCUACCUGUGGGGACAACUGGGUAUGUGAGCACAGAUGGCGCCAGAUCAGGAAUAUGGUGAUUUUCCGUAAUGUGGUCAAUGGCCAGCCCCUCUCCAACUGGUGGGACAAUGGUAAUAAUCAGAUCGCCUUCAGCCGUGGCAGCAAAGGAUUCAUUGUCAUCAACAAUGAUGAUUGGGCUCUGAAUGUGACGCUGAACACUGGUCUGCCCAUGGGUACAUACUGUGACGUGAUCUCUGGAGAUAAGAGUGGGGGCAGUUGCACAGGAAAACAGGUGUCUGUGGGAUCUGAUGGAGGCGCCACCUUCAGCAUCAGCAACACCGACGAGGAUCCUUUCAUUGCCAUCCACGCUGACUCCAAACUGUAGAUUCAGUCUGGAUAUAAUUAUAAUAAAGCAGGAUCAUUGAACUGAAA